AUGGCUAAAGGAUCGAAACAAGGACCGUCAAAGUCAUCUCACAAGAGAGGCGCGGGACACAAAGGUCGACCCUCUCGUUGGAAGGCAUCCCUCUCGGAAGGACGUUCGUCAGACGUCGUCCAAAUGUCGCCAGAGAAUGCCGAAGAAGAGGGAGACGAGGAGACAGGAGAUGAAGUACCCGAGGUCAAGAUCAAAGUUCCUGUAGCCAUGUGGGACUUUGAUCAUUGCGAUCCCCGACGGUGCUCAGGAAAGAAACUGUCACGCUUGGGCUUAAUCAAGGAACUGAGAGUGGGAUCUCGAUUCCGAGGCGUCGUCGUAUCGCCGAAAGGAACCCGGGUUAUUAGUCCAUCUGACCGUGAAAUAAUCGAGAACAAUGGCCUGGCUGUAGUAGAAUGCUCUUGGGCACGUCUGGAAGACGUCCCAUUCAAUAAAAUAGCCAGCCCAAACGAGCGACUAUUGCCGUAUCUAAUGGCAACCAACCCCACCAACUACGGCAAACCAUGGCGGCUGAACUGCGUCGAGGCUUUGGCUGCUGCGUUUUACAUAACUGGAUUUGACGAGUAUGCAGAAAAGCUGCUCGAUGGAUUUGGCUGGGGCGCAAGCUUUUACAAAGUUAACGAGCUGUAUAUCAAGAGAUACCGAGAAUGCACAACCGCUGAAGAAGUGUUCGCCAUGCAGGACACGAUCAUCGCCGACCUGGAGAAGCAAUACGAAGAAUCCAGGAAAACCAAAGAAACCCGGAACGGGAGCUCUGAGGAUCUACUAGUCGCGAAUCCAAAUCACCAGAGACUUUCUGAUUCCGAGGACGACGACGUCCCGGAAUCCAGCAGCGAUGAGGAAGAAGAGUAA